AUGAUUAAUAAAGAUAGUCGAAGUGGCAUGUAUAUUUCUUCAUCUAAUGAUUUGUAAAAAGAUGAAGAUUUAUUUAUACCCAAAGAUAAUUAAUAAAGGGAGGAUAUGAAAUAAGAAUACUUACUAGGAUAAACAUAAAGUUAAUUGUCAUCAGCUGAAUAAAUAGAAGAUAUUCCUGUACCAAGAUUAACCCUAUUUGUGUAUUGAUUAGAAUAAUUUGAAUAGUUCGUAAAUGUCCCUUGAAGAAAAUCAAAUUUAAUACAAAAAGUAAAUGUCAAUAGAAGCAUAAAGUCCAAUUAAAUAUUCACCCUAAAAGAAAUAGUAAAAGCAAGUAGAAUAAGAUGGAUAAGAAAUAAAAUAAUUGGAUAUAUAGGAAAUACCAAUUAUACCAUAGAUUCAAACAAGAAGAAAAAUGAAUAAAAUAAAUUAUAAUGUUGAUAAUUCUCCUGUGGAAUAAGAUGAAAUGAAACCUUGUCAUUGUACAAAAACUCAUUGUUUAUAAUUAUAUUGUUCAUGUUUUCAUAAUAGACGUCAAUGUAUAAGUGAAUGUAAGUGUAAUGAUUGUUAUAAUGAUGGAAAACAUGAGGAAGAUGUAUUGAAGGCAGUUGAAUAAAUUAAGAUGAAAGAAUAAAGAGCAUCACAUCAUGAUUUAGAUUCUUUUGAUACAAAAUAAGUAUGGGGAUGUAAAUGCAAGAAAACUAAAUGUAUAAAAGGUUAUUGUGAAUGUUUUAUUAGGGGAAAAAAGUGUACAUCACAUUGUUAAUGUACAGAAUGUGAAAAUAGAAGAUAACCUUAAAAGAAAUAAAAAAAAAUAAUAAAAUAAAAUAAUUAGAUUAAUAAAAAGAUAAAGAAAAAAACAUAAGUUCAAUUUUGA